ACUGACAACGGUCGUGAGAGGAGCGCCAAAGGAACGCGCGUCGAUUCGCCCAACGCUCUUUGACAGAUUUUAACCAUAUCAACAGUCAUGUGAGUCGGCUCUCUUCCCGCCGACAUUUACUUCUUCACUGCCAAAUUUGCCUUUUUAUCUCUCGGAGUUGGUGAAGCGGAGAGACCCGGGGCGAGAAAAGGUCAUCUUGCCCCAAUGAAGGAACGGACACAAGGAAAGAAGAAUAUUUUAUGCUAAAGCGAAUGGGUGCGCAGAGGAAAAUAACUACGGAGAAAAAACAACAAAGAAGAAAGACGUAUGUUUAAAUGUGAUUUUUUUUAAGUUUCUUCUGAAAAAAUAUUGGUACGCGCUGCAGAGAGUUGAACCGCCCUCGCCACCCCCAUAUCUGUGGACGUGAAAAAUUAAGGACAUUAAAAAGCAAGGAAUACAGAGGCACGAAGGAGAGGCAUAAAUCACAUGGAUAGCUUUGUGACGGAAGUGAACAGCAAGUCCGGGUCGUAAGUGGGUCACGUGACAGUUUUGUGGAGUAGGCAACGGCUCGCGCAUUCUGACUUCUUUCUCGUCCUCACUUUCAUCCAACCUUGAGUCACUCCUUUCUUUGUAGUCACGUCGUUUUUCCCUCUUUGCCUCCUCCCAUUUAACCUUCGCCCCUCCAUUUUCUCUUCUCCGUUUCGCCCCUAGUCCCCCGCCCCUCCCUCUUCCCCUCUCUUCUACUCGAAUCGGAAUGCCAGCCACCAUCAACAUGUACGGCGAAUCUGACUACCUGACAGCGCCGUUAGCCUCUGUCGAGGAUUUGUCCCGCGUCAACACCCCCGGGGGCUCUCCCUCGCCGAGGCCCCGUCAGAAGCACCCUGCCCUCGAGGACCCCAACUGGGAGCCCCCGGAGGAUCCCAUGCUUUACCCGAAGGAGCCCGAGCUCUCCCUCGAACCCACGGUCCUCACUCCGCUACAGCCGAGCGCCCUCGAGGACUCCGGGCCGCCCGACCGGUACAAGCUGGUGUUCAUGACGCUGGUGCUGCACGGUGUGGGCACCCUUAUGCCAUGGAAUAUGUUCAUCACAGCCGACAAGUACUUCACGGACUACAAGCUCGUCACAGAUGACGGCGAGAGGUCCACUUACGCCAAAAACUUCCUGACCUACAUCGGUUUUGCUGCACAAAUCCCCAAUGUUCUCUUCAACUGGAUUAAUAUUUUUGUCCAGUUAGGAGGAAACCUCACCAGCCGAAUAGUGUGGAGCAUCUUGAUCGAGGUCGUCAUUUUCGUCUUCACGGUCGUCCUCGCCAUGAUCGACUCCGCGGAAUGGCCGGAUGUUUUCUUCUGGAUAACCAUUGGCUCUGUCAUCAUCCUCAACAUUGCAAAUGGAAUCUACCAGAACACUGUUUACGGCAUGGCAGCACGCCUACCCUUCGCUUAUACUGGUGCUGUAGUGUUGGGAUCGAACAUGAGUGGGACAUUCACAGCUCUUAUCAACAUCAUUGCUAUUGCUAUGGCACCAAACACCAGGACUUCAGCCAUUUACUACUUCAUUACAGCACUUUUCGUUCUCUUGGCUUGCUUCGACACAUACUUCGCUCUUCCACUAAACCGAUUCUUCAGAUACCAUGAGGCUCAGCAUGAGAGGGCCAAGAAAGCUGCCAAGAGAGAUCCUAGCAGGCCAAAGGUUCCUUACUUCUACAUCUUCAAGAAGGCCUUCCCCCAACUCUUCAAUGUAUUCAUGGUCUUCUUUGUCACCCUGGCUGUCUUCCCAGCAGUUCUUGCAGAAACUUGUAGGACAGAGGAGGACUUCCCACUCUCACCAAAGUACUUCCAGGCUGUUACUUGUUUCUUGACAUUCAACUUGUUUGCCAUGUUUGGAAAUAUGCUGCCUGGACUCUUCAAAUGGCCUGGACCACGUUUCCUGUGUAUCCCAGUGCUCCUCCGCCUCGUCUUAAUCCCAGCAUUCUUGUUGUGCCACUAUUACCCCAAGGGUGAAAUGCGGAUAUUGCCUGUGUUGAUAGACUCAGACUGGGCAUACUGGGUCCUCUCUAUGAUCCUGGGUAUCACCUCAGGAUACUAUUCUUCCUUGGCUAUGAUGUACUGCCCAAGGACUGUUGAACCAGAGCAUGCACCAGUGGCUGGAAUGUUUGGGGCUGCAUCUCUCAUCACUGGAAUUUUUGCUGGGAUCUACUUCCAGCUCGUCAGCAAGUGGGCUGUGAAAAACAUCUCCUUUGAUACUCCUGGUUAUGAUUUCCCAAUGAGGAACUGUACGGAUCGACUUAGCUAGAAAUGGGAGUUUAGAAUACUUUGAGAAUACUGGUUAGUUUGAGGUUUUGAAACAAUGAUCAGAAGCCUUAAGUAGUUAAUGAAAUAGGUUUCUUUAUCCUGUGUCUUAGGAAGUAACCUCAAAUGGGUCUGUGUGAGGCUUAUUAUCAAGGACAUCUUCGGAAAUGAAUAAUGUUGUUAUUUGAUGAAGGAGCUAAGACUUAUUUUCUCCACUAAUAGUGAGGAAAGUGACUCUUAUUAGCCAAGAACCAAAGGCAACAAAAGUAGGGUUCAGUCCUAGCAUGAAAACAGCAAAUGCAAACACAAAGGUUAUUUAUCAGUAUAUUUUUUAUCAGAUUUAUAUGUUGAUUUGUAGACAAAGGACAAAUAUACCAUAACCUUCUACAGAAAUGUAAAAACAGGUACAAGCCACCAGCAGGUCCACGGAGCUCAAAUGUUAGGACUAUAGGAGUAUUUAUUUUUCAGUGUGUUGAACUUUUGCUUAGGAAGUUAAGUUAUGGACUGGCUAAAGUAAUUAACCAGUCACUGGCAUAAGAAUCUUAAAAAGUUAAUCACAAUGGAGAACGAAUGCAUCUUAAACUAAGGAAUAGACCCUGACCAAGACAGCAUGUAAAAGUAGCAGAGUUCUUAGAAAGGCUGACAUGGUGAGAUGAAGUGUUAAAAUCAGUUUGAUAAUCAGGGAAAUUUUUUACACUUAACUGAUUAUUUUCCUUCUUCAUAGUAAAUAUUUGUAGCCAGUUUUGAGGUAGACUUUUAAAACAAUGUAUGGAUGCAGUUUUCUAAUAUUAAAAGUAGACAGGAUACUCUUCUUGGAUUUUUUUCUAAUACUUUAAAAAUAAAUGGAAAACCCUGCCACCUUCACCAUGUGUCUCCAAAGAGCUGUGGUGAUUUGUCUGUAGCCUUUGUCAUGCCUAAAACCAGUUGAAAAUAGUGAUGAGGGACAGUCAUUCAAAACAAUUUAUAAAAAAGCACAGUACAUCACCUCUGCUUUUAGUGAAUGUGAACAGGCUCCAUUACUCAAUUGUAAUGUUUGUUCUAAUCUGAUUAUUCUGUGUAAAAUCUCCUUAGACAAUUGUGCAUUUUUUCUGGGUGUGCACAUGUGCAUAUGAGAGAGAGAGAGAAUGGUAGGUGAGCAAGUGUACAAGUCAGUAUGUCUCUCUCCCUCUCCCAAUGCCUUCCCUUCCACUUUCCCAGUUAAUCGCUAACUUUCCUUCUUCCUUCAGCUCUAACUACAUAUCCAUAUCUUUUUAUCAUCUCAAUAUCCCCUCCCUCCUUUUCUCCCUUUUUCUCACCCUCAAUUUCCGCUGACUUCCCCCUUCCCAGCAAACAGGAAUUAUGAAAGCCAACACGGGGGCUAAUUCUGGCAUAAUGACCUCUGCCACAAUGGGCUGAUAUCCAUAAUUAUGUCUAAAAGGAAUAGGCCAAGCAUAUUUUAGUUAUCUGUUUUGCACCACUUGAUAUUGGUUCAUUAUGGGUUCUCAAAUAAACAGCAAGGGAAAACUAUUAUCAAACUUAAGUAAACAUCAAAGCAAUAUUUGUUUGAUUUCUUCACAUCCACAGAUAUGAAAUUGAUGUUAAAAACAGUAACAAUAGGAGAGAUAAUUUUCCUAAUCAUGUAUUGCUUAUUAUUUUAGAGCAACAGUGGAACUUGAUUUUACUUAUUUGCAAUUGCCUGUGUAGUAUUUAUAUAAUUUAAAAGGUUGCUAUGGGUUGCACAUGUAUUCCAGUCAGUUUUGCUCUAUUUUGCCAUUGGCAAGCAUUAUUUGAAUUAUUUGAAUAUAAUUCAUGGAUGUGGAGGACAAAGAACAUCCAUUUAUAAACUAGUAAGAGAAAAGAUAAUGAUAUGAGUGCAACACCAUGUUCCCUAUGCUAGCUUGAUGCAAACAGUCAAAUGCACUUAUUAAUUCGCCAGGCACUGUCUUCUCUAUAUUUCUGCUUUGGUUCUGCUAUAUGGAGUUAUUAGCCCAUAAUGCCAGUGUUUGCUGGGUUUCUCUGCUUCUCCCCCAUCAGCCUGAUGUAUCUGAAUUUCUAUUUUAUUUAAUUUUAUAACCAUAAGUAAGAUGUCACAAGGGAAGACUUUGAAGAGGAAGCCUUCUCAAAGAAUUUCCUGGCACUUACUUUUUGUUCAUCACUUUGAUAUAACCAUGAAUGUCAACCAUAAGGUUCUCCUGGUAUAUAGUUAUUGGAAGUGUCUUUUAUAUAACUAAUGUUUGUUGUACAGUGCUAUGAAUGUGUAAAUAUUAUAGAUUAGUCAAUGGAUUGUAAACAUAGAUAUUACAGAUAUAAUAUGUAAAUUGGUAUUUUUUGAUUUGGUAUUCUUCCACAAACCAAAAUAAAGUAGGUUUGGUAAUACCUUUGAGCAAAUAACA